AGGAGGCCUGUCCCUUUAAGGGGAUUGGCUGUCAAUCAGAAAGCCCUUUUCUUUGCUGGAGAAGAGGCCAAAGAUAUUCAGAGUGAAAAAGUAAAGGGCUGAGGAAGGAGAGGAGAGAGCAGCCAGGAUUCUUCUCGCUGAACCAAGUCAGCCCCAAAGCGGGAGAAGCCGCCAACCCUAGUUGGAGUCCGGAGUCCCAAAGCCAUGGGCUUGUUAGAGUGCUGUGCAAGAUGUAUGGUCGGGGCACCUUUUGCUUCCUUGGUGGCCACUGGGCUGUGUUUCUUUGGGGUGGCCCUGUUCUGUGGCUGUGGACAUGAAGCACUGACUGGCACAGAAAAGUUGAUUGAGACCUACUUUUCCAAAAACUACCAAGACUAUGAGUAUCUCAUGAAUGUGAUCCAUGCCUUCCAGUAUGUCAUUUACGGCACCGCCUCUUUCUUCUUCCUUUAUGGGGCCCUCCUGUUGGCUGAGGGUUUUUACACCACUGGUGCUGUCCGACAGAUUUUUGGCGACUACAAGACCACCAUCUGCGGCAAGGGCCUGAGCGCUACGGUAACAGGGGGCCCGAAGGGGAGGGGUUCCAGAGGCCAACAUCAAGCUCACUCUUUGGACAGGGUGUGUCAUUGUUUGGGAAAAUGGCUAGGACAUCCCGACAAGUUCGUGGGCAUCACCUAUGCCCUGACAAUUGUCUGGCUGCUGGUGUUUGCCUGCUCUGCUGUGCCUGUCUACAUAUACUUCAACACCUGGACAACCUGCCAAUCCAUUGCCUUCCCCAGCAAGACCUCAGCCAGCAUAGGCAGUCUCUGUGCUGAUGCCAGAAUGUAUGGUGUCCUCCCCUGGAAUGCUUUCCCUGGAAAAGUGUGCGGCUCCAACCUUCUGUCCAUCUGUAAAACUGCGGAGUUCCAAAUGACCUUCCACCUGUUUAUUGCGGCCUUCGUCGGGGCUGCAGCCACCCUGGUUUCCCUGCUCACUUUCAUGAUUGCUGCCACGUACAACUUUGCCGUCCUGAAACUCAUGGGCCGAGGCACCAAGUUCUAAUGUCCAAGGCAGCACUUCCCCAGAGUCCCCUUUCUUUCUCUAACAGCCGGGAUCUAACCACACGGCCCGGCAAUGCUGCAUCUCCCAUCUUAACUCUCUGCCUGCAGUGCUGACUGGCCCUCCUCAUAAUCAACAAGUAUAACAAGAAAGGAGAGACUCCAUGCUGGAGGCCAUUCUCUGUCAUCUCCCUUCUGUCCCUCUGUUAAGCAUUGGCCUUUCCAACUCUUCCUGCUAGAAAUGGGAAAUGGCAAAGAACUCGACUUCCUGGUACAAAGAAGUGUUCAAUUUUUUAAGCAUCUCCCAAGGACCAGGUGGUGCCUUCAAAUCACCAAGGCCCUUCCAUUGAUGGGAAAAAAGGAGAGAGAGAGAGAGAGAGAGAGAGAGAGAGGGAGAAAUCAGUUUCUCAUCACCCUAUAUAGGGGCCAGUGAUCUCCUUGUUCUAUACAAUGGAGCCCUCUCUCCUCUCUUCUUCCUACCAUUUGAGAAGGGAGGAUUGCCCCUGUAAACAUGUGAAAAUUUGCCCAAAUCUGCCUACUGCAGCUGGGAGAAGAGGGUCAGAGCAAGGAUCUUUCAGCUAUGAAAAGAGAGCAUUGACCCUGAUAUGAUGGAAUAUUUAAGCCUUAACUCAUCCAACCCUACUUAUAGCAUAAGGGAACAUGGCAUCUGUGUAGAUGAGGGGACCCUCAGCCUUACACAUUGAUAGGAAACAGCAACAUUAAGCUCUUAGCAUCUUAUCACUAAAUAACCGUGAUAAUAGUAUAGCUACCAUGACAACCCUGUGGUUUCCAAGGAGUAGAGAAGAACACCCGUUUGCAUGAGAGACACUAAUCCAAAGAGAGCAACGGACUGAUGGUUCAACCUAAGAUGUCCCUCUUCUAGCCACCGGCUGACUCUUUGGAUUCCAUGCCUCUGCAUGCCUCCCCACCCCACCCCUACCCCAUUAACCAGCUGUGUACGAUGCCCUCCACUUGGUCAUACCUUCACAAUGGUGCUCUUUUCCUGGGGUGGUGUUUGUCUGGUAACCAGUCAGUGGCUUGAAGAUCUUGAUUUGUUUCUGACUGGAGGAAAUGUCACAUUUCCCAUUAUUUUCUCAUUCUUUACAACUUUGAUCUCGUGCCUGCAAGAGCUGCAGGAUAAUUGUUUGACUAUUAAGGUUGUUUUUCUUUUAUGGGAAAAGGGACAGAAACCAUCCUGAGUACUAUUGAAAUAUGGCCAUCUCUGUGCAAAAUGCAAGGCUACAGGCGGGGCCUUUGGUUAAGAACAUUGCUAAGCUGCCCUUUUGCACUAUGCAAAACAAAACUCCAUUUGAAGAACCAACUGGGUCAUUCUUUCGAGCCAGGGAGGGAAGAUGUGAUUUAGUACUGUCCUAUGGUAUUUGAGAGAGGGAGGGAGAGCGAAGUGGGGGAGAGAAAGAGACAGAGAGUGCAGCUAAACAGAAGAGCAUGCUCUCCCUCAUGAAAGUCACGUGAAGUGCCUUUCUAAAGGCAAAAGGGCCAGAGAGGAAGGCAUCUGGAAGUUGGGCAGCCAGCUCGGGCAGAUUCAUCCUCUCUUCCUUUCUUUUUCUGCUUGGAUUUUGUUUAUUUGGUGCAGGACUGUAGCUCUUAUUGCAAGAUUGCGUCCUUCCUUUUUUUUUUUUUUUUUUUUUAAUUUUCCCAAGUAGCUUCGGCAGUAUUCAUGGAUAUGUGAGAUCUCUUCAAAAGGACAACACAUUUCUUCAAACAAGAUUAGAUAAGCUGUGUGGGGGAGGGGAGGGAAAAGAUUUAGUAAGAAACCAAUCAAGAUCAAGGAAAGUAAAAGUAGUCUAGGCCUUGAGUUUUCUUUUGAUUUAACUUAAUAACCAACCUUUCCUCAACUUCCCUCAUAUGUAUACACCCCCACACACAUUUAUAUACCCACACACAGUAUUUAAUCGACUGAAAGUAUCUUCUUCAUUGCUGAUUUAGAAUUUCAACUUUAACAUAUAUAAAGGAUAAAAUCUUUAGAGCCUUCUUACAAGAUGAAUUUUAUAAAAUUAAAGAAAAUAAAUUAAAAUUGUUCUCAAUCAAA